CACCACCACGAGGAAGAGGAGGAGGAGGAGGAAGGGUAAUUAGCCAGGAAGGUCAACCCCCCCCCCGCAAAUUCGCCUUCAUUGGGCUCCCCCAUUAGGAGCGUCUCGUCGGGACCCCCACCCCCGUGUCUGACCCGUGUUUCUCUUUCCCCCUCCCCCGCUUUUUAACGUCUCUAUUUUGUCCUCCCCACUUUCUAAAUUUAAUUUUCCUUUUUUUUUUGUUUCCCCGUCGCCUCGUGUAUAUCUUAAACUCAUUCCCCCUAGCUUGCUGUGGGGUUUUUUUUUCCCUCAGCCCUCCCCCAUUUAAUGCCUAUUUAUUUAGUUAUUUAUUUAUAAUUUCUUAUCCCUCUCCCCUUUUUGGAUUUUAGGAGUGGAAAUCUUUACAAGGAGAGAGUAAGAAUCCACUCCCCCUCCAAAGACUCUCACACACUUGCUCAGAGUCUCCCUAAUUUGUCUUUCCCGCUCAUUUAUUUCUAGCCCCCCUUUUUAAAGAGAAAGGCAGAGUUAAAAUAUUUUAAAUAAAUUAGUGAGGGGUGUUUUUUUGCUUCAACCUAAUGCCCUUUGGCCUCAUCUUGAUGGGCUUGUUAUAAUUUGCUGCCUUCCUGUGUCUUAAAUAAGUGUUUUGUUUGUUUUUAAAUUUUGUAACAAAAAUCCCUUUUUCUGCCUGCUGGGUCUUCAAAGAUUGUAACAGAAAUAUCUUUUUAUCUGCCUGCCAGGUUUUUCUGGAGGAAUAUUUGUUUUGUCUGUUAGGACAGCCAGCUGAAACCUGGGGCGGUUUUUAUCUGUCUUGCAUUUUAAAAAAAGAGAAACUUUUGAGGAAGUGUAACCACAAAUACAUGGCAAAAAUGAUACAAAGUUUCUGACUUUUCUGUGUUUUUUUCCUUUUUUAAAAAGAGGGGAAAGUUGAAACUGCACUACUGUUUGGAAAGCGAGGUGCCUCCCUGGAUAUUUUGAAGGAAACACUGAAAGAGACUUAAAUUAUAUUUUUGAAGGUAGAGUUGGAAGUUUUAUUUUUAGAGUUAUUUAAAUUCCUUUCGGAAGUAUAUUGAUUUUGGGCUUCUUUAUUUUUUUUCUGGACCUGAAAUAGCUUUCAGCACAGUCCUAUAUCGGCCCUUCUCGAAUAUUAAUUGCCUUUUUGAAUGUGUACUGCUUUUCUCAGCGCUUUUCCUUGUUCCCCAGUAAAGAGAAAACGUUGAGCCUUCUCUCUUAACUCUGCCCUCUCUGCGAACCUGUAGAAUAUUAGUUUUUAAUAAAAGGUUUUAUUGGAAAGAAGUACUUGAACAUAGCACAGCACCUGGGUGUGUGAAGAUGGACACGGCAGCUGCUAGCUACCCGAUGGCCUCCCUCUACGUGGGUGACCUGCACCCUGAUGUCACCGAAGCCAUGCUGUAUGAGAAGUUCAGCCCUGCAGGGCCCGUGCUCUCCAUCCGUGUCUGCAGGGAUAUGAUCACCCGUCGCUCUCUAGGAUAUGCUUACGUCAACUUCCAGCAGCCAGCCGAUGCUGAGCGCGCUUUGGACACCAUGAACUUCGAUGUGAUCAAAGGCAAGCCCAUCCGCAUCAUGUGGUCUCAGCGGGAUCCUUCUCUGAGGAAAUCCGGAGUCGGGAAUGUCUUUAUUAAGAACCUGGAUAAAUCCAUAGACAACAAAGCACUUUACGACACCUUCUCGGCUUUUGGGAAUAUCCUCUCUUGCAAAGUGGUAUGCGAUGAGAACGGCUCGAAGGGCUAUGCCUUUGUGCACUUUGAGACGCAGGAUGCCGCUGACCGGGCCAUCGAGAAGAUGAAUGGCAUGCUGCUGAACGACCGCAAAGUAUUUGUUGGCAGAUUCAAAUCCCGUAAGGAGCGCGAGGCGGAACUGGGAGCUAAAGCAAAGGAGUUCACCAAUGUCUACAUUAAGAACUUUGGGGAUGACAUGGAUGAUGAAAGGCUGAAGGAACUCUUCAGCAAAUAUGGAAAGACCCUCAGCGUAAAGGUCAUGACAGACCCGACUGGGAAGUCCAAAGGUUUCGGCUUUGUGAGCUUUGAGAAGCAUGAAGAAGCGAACAAGGCAGUAGAAGAAAUGAAUGGGAAGGACAUCAAUGGGAAAAUUGUGUUUGUGGGUCGUGCACAGAAGAAAGUGGAACGGCAGGCAGAACUGAAGCGCAAAUUUGAACAGCUGAAGCAGGAAAGAAUCAGCCGAUAUCAGGGUGUUAACUUGUAUAUAAAGAACCUGGAUGACACCAUUGAUGAUGAGAAACUGAGGAAAGAAUUCUCUCCUUUUGGGUCUAUCACAAGCACCAAGGUGAUGCUGGAAGAGGGACGAAGCAAAGGCUUCGGCUUUGUCUGCUUCUCCUCCCCGGAGGAAGCCACCAAAGCCGUAACGGAAAUGAACGGGCGCAUCGUGGGCUCCAAGCCGCUCUACGUUGCCUUGGCCCAGAGGAAGGAGGAGCGGAAGGCCCACCUCACCAACCAGUACAUGCAGCGCAUUGCCGGGAUGAGGGCCCUGCCAGCCAACGCAAUCCUCAACCAGUUCCAGCCAGCCGCUGGAGGGUAUUUCAUGCCUGCUGUGCCCCAGGCUCAGAGCAGACCCACUUACUAUGCACCCAAUCAGAUGACGCAGAUGAGACCCAACCCGCGCUGGCAACAAGGGGGAAGACCUCAAGGUUUUCAAGGUAUGCCGAACACCAUGCGCCAGUCUGGGCCACGGCCGGCAUUGCGCCACCUGGCUCCGGCGAAUAAUGCUCAGGCCUCACGUGGCUUGCCUGGGGCCACCCAAAGGAUCGGGGUGGGUGCCGUCGCGCCGAACUUAGCACCACGCCCGCCGGUGGCUGCCCAGGCUCCGAGGGCAGUCCCCCCCUACAAAUACGCCUCAAGUGUCCGUAGCCCACACCCAGCAGUACAGCCAUUACAGGCCCCUCAGCCUGCUGUCCAUGUUCAGGGACAGGAGCCUUUGACUGCCUCCAUGCUAGCUGCUGCUCCUCCCCAAGAGCAAAAGCAGAUGCUGGGAGAACGUUUGUUCCCGUUGAUCCAAGCUAUGCACCUCAGCCUUGCGGGAAAGAUCACAGGAAUGCUGCUUGAGAUUGACAACUCUGAGUUGCUGCACAUGCUGGAGUCUCCGGAAUCUCUCCGCUCCAAGGUGGAGGAGGCGGUGGCAGUGCUGCAGGCGCACCAAGCCAAGAAAGAAGCGGCCCAGAAAGUGGGCAUAGUUGCUGCUACCUCCUAAACCAGAGAUGCAGAUGGUCAACAGCCAAAUGCCCUCCUCUCUGAAGGAAACCAUCUGUGCUCUAGAAAUAACUUUGUCCUGCACAUUUCAGCACAUCUCAUUGACAAUGUUCUGUGUACAUAUUCUGUCUACAAUAUGCCUUAUUUGCAGAGAAGCAAAAAACCUUUGUCUGUUUGCUCUUCACAAUUUAAAUAUGCAACCUUUUUUUCCACCACACAAAAAAGCAGUUAUUCACUUUGUGUUUCCAUAAGCAGGACAUUGACAUUUCAUCUGCUGUUCUUGAUUUUCUUUCAACAAGCCUGUUUGCAGAAGCUUUUAUCAAUAAAGGAAUGAAAGCA